AUGAAGAUCACAGAGCUGGUCAUAGACGGCUACAAGUCGUAUGCUGUUCGAACAGUCAUCUCUGGCUGGGACGACAGCUUCAACUCGAUCACGGGACUGAACGGAUCCGGGAAAUCGAACAUCCUCGACGCAAUAUGCUUCGUGCUGGGAAUCACAAACCUGGGCGUCGUGCGAGCCCAGAAUUUGCAGGACCUCAUCUACAAGCGCGGUCAAGCAGGCGUCACCAAAGCCAGCGUCACCAUUACCUUUGACAAUCGUGACACCAAGAACAGCCCUGUGGGCUUCGAGAACCUCCCCUCCAUCGCCGUGACGAGAACCAUUGUGCUUGGCGGAGCAAGCAAAUACCUGAUCAACGGAAACCGCGCGCAGCAAAAUACCGUCCAAAACCUGUUCCAGUCGGUGCAGCUCAAUAUCAACAAUCCAAACUUCCUCAUCAUGCAAGGACGCGUGACAAAGGUGCUGAACAUGAAGCCGGUCGAGAUUCUUUCAAUGCUGGAGGAGGCUGCAGGCACACGCAUGUUCGAGGACAGGCGAGACAAGGCCUACAAGACCAUGGCGAAGAAAGAGGGCAAGGUGCAGGAGAUCACAGAAUUGCUGCGCGACGAGAUCGACCCCAAGCUCGAGAAGCUGCGACAAGAAAAGCGCGCCUUCCUCGACUUCCAACAGACACAGAGCGAACUCGAGAAGCUCACAAAACUCGUCAUCGCAUACGACUACACACGCUUGCAAGAGCAACUGCAACAGUCUGGAGACGACCUGGAAGCCAAGAAGCAACGGACGAAAGACCUCGAGGAAUCGACUGUGCGCAUGAAGAAGGAGAUUGAAUUCCUGCAAGAAGACAUCAAGAAAGUCAAGGCUACAAGAGAAAAGGAGCUUCGCAAAGGCGGUAAGUUCCAAGCGCUGGAAGAGGAGGUCAAAGCGAAUUCGCAUGAAGUUGUACGACUAGAUACUGCUCUGGAUCUGAAGAAGACUAGCAUGGCCGAGGAGACCGAUCAGAAAAAGAGCGUUGAGAAGAGCGUCAAAGAGCUAGAGAAGCAACUGCAGGGCAAGAAGAUGGUGCACGAAAAGCUGCAAGAGAAGUAUCAGGCUGCGCGCGAUGAGCUGGCAAAGCAGACUGAGGAAGUGGAGAAGAAGGAGGAGCUGUUGCAGACGCUACAAACCGGUGUUGCCUCGAAAGAGGGCCAGGAGAGCGGUUACCAAGGUCAACUCCAGGAUGCGAGAAACCGAGUCAGCGCUGCAGCCACUGAACAAGAGCAAGCCAAGCUUAAGAUCUCUCAUCUCGACAAGCAAAUCAAGGAUGAUGAGCCUAAAGCUAAAAAAGCCAAGCAACAAAAUUCGGGGCUGCUCAACGAUCUCGAGGCACUGAAAUCGCAGGCGCAGAAGCUCGAGGCUGACCUUACGAAAAUGGGCUUCGAUGAGAGCAAAGAGUCGGAAAUGUACCAACAGGAGUCACACUUACAAGCCCGCAUCCGCGAGCUGAAGCAGCAGGCGGAUGAGCUGAGGCGGAAAGUCUCGAAUAUCGACUUCAGCUACAGCGAUCCGUCUCCGAACUUCGAUAGAUCCAAGGUUAAGGGUCUAGUCGCUCAGCUCUUCACCUUGAAGAAAGAACACACCGACGCGGGUACUGCACUAGAAGUCUGUGCGGGUGGACGACUUUACAAUGUGGUCGUUGACUCUGCCGCCACUGGUAAACAGUUGCUAGAGAAUGGCAGGCUAAAGAAGCGAGUCACCAUCAUCCCCCUUAACAAGAUUGCUGCGUUCCGAGCGUCUGCACAGAAGAUUGGCGCUGCGCAAAAGAUUGCUCCCGGGAAAGUUGACCUUGCCUUGUCACUUGUAGGGUACGAUGACGAAGUCACGGCCGCCAUGGAAUACGUAUUCGGUUCGACACUCGUCUGCGAAGAUGCAGAGACUGCUAAGCGUGUGACCUUCGAUCCUGCAGUGCGCAUGAGGAGUGUCACGUUCCAGGGCGAUACCUAUGACCCUGCAGGUACCCUGUCUGGUGGCAGUGCACCACAAUCGAGUGGUGUUCUGGUCACGAUGCAGAAGCUCAAUGAGAUUAUGACCGAACUUCGAUCCCAGGAGCAGCAGCUCCAGCAACUCCAGGCUACUGUAGCAAGAGAGAAAAAAAGAAUGGAUGCUGCGCGCAAAACGAAGCAGGAACUCGAUCUCAAGAAGCAUGAGAUCAAGCUUACAGAGGAGCAAAUCAGCGGCAACUCUUCGUCGUCUAUCAUUCAAGCUAUUGAAGAGAUGAAGCAGAGUGUCGCCCAGCUGAAAGAGGAUGUGAAAGCUGCUAAGGCCAGACAGGAUGAGGCGAAAGCAGACAUCAAGCGUAUCGAGCGUGACAUGAGCGAAUUCAAUAACAACAAAGACAGCAAGCUGGCGGAAUUGCAGUCGUCACUCGAGAAGUUGAAGAAGGCCUUGAGCAAAAACAACGCAGCCAUCAAGCCCUUGCAGUCAGAAGUGCGUGAGGCUAUGGUGGAGUCUGAGCAGUGCGGCAGCGAUCUUGCAGCAGCGCAAGAGCAGUUAGAGGAUGUUCAGACAACGCUCAAGACACAACAGGAGGAAAUCGAUGAGCUCCUGGCGGAGCAGAAGCAGGCUCAAGAUGCGCACGAUAUUGCACAGGCUCAAUUAGCUGAUGAGCAGGCAAAGCUGACUGGCUUCGACGAGGAGCUCCGGUCUCUCGAAGACACUAUUCGCGCAAAGAACUCGUCGAUUACAGAAGGUGGGCUAGAGCAACAAAGGCUUGCACACGAGAUUGAGAAGUUCCACAAGGAGUCCGAAGGCGCAGCAGGGCGCAUUGCCGCAUUAGAGAAGGAACACGACUUCAUCGCUAGCGACGCCGAGCUCUUCGGCCGCUCAGGGACUGUCUACGACUUCCGAGGCGUCAACAUGGCCGAUUGCAAACCCAAACGCAAGGCUCUCGAAGAACGCUUCCAGCAACGCAAGAACAAGAUCAAUCCGAAGGUCAUGGCCAUGAUUGACAAUGUCGAGAAGAAGGAAGCUAGUCUCAAGACCAACAUGGCAACGGUCAUCAAAGAUAAGAAGAAGAUCGAGGAUACGAUUCUUAAGCUUGAUGAAUAUAAGAAGGAGGCCCUGCACAAGACAUGGACAAAGGUUAAUGCCGACUUCGGCGCGACCUUCAACUUGCUGUUGCCUGGUAGCUUUGCGAAAUUGGACCCACCUGAGAACAAGACCAUCUCGGAUGGUUUGGAGGUCAAGGUCAUGCUGGGCAAGGUCUGGAAGCAGUCCCUUACUGAGCUGUCUGGUGGUCAACGGUCUCUAAUCGCGCUCUCGCUCAUCAUGGCACUACUCCAGUUCAAGCCAGCACCUAUGUACAUUCUGGACGAAGUUGACGCUGCGCUUGAUAUGUCACAUACGCAGAACAUCGGUCAACUUAUCAAGACGAGGUUCAAGGGCUCACAAUUCAUUGUGGUUUCUCUAAAGGAUGGCAUGUUUCAGAACGCAAAUCGCAUCUUCAAAACGCGUUUUGUUGAUGGCACAAGUGUUGUGCAGGCGACAACUGCUGCUGCAGAGGCGAGGUAA